AUGUUACAUGAUCUUUGUUUCUGGGAGGACCGGUAUUAGUGUUGGCCUUUUAAGUGUAAGCGUAGAUAAACAUUUGUUUUUUGUUGGAAAUGUUCACAUAACAUUAAAGAGACUAAAGGCUCCGUAUUUCACUAGUUUUGGCCCAAUACUUCAAGCAGAGAUCUCAAAAUGAGAGCAACGAUCAACCAGAAGUUAACUGAGAUGGGAGAACGGGAGAGACUCAAAGAGCUACUGAGAGCCAAGCUCACUGAAUGUGGAUGGAAAGAUCAGAUGAAAGCUCAUUGCAAAGAAGUCAUCAAAGAAAAAGGCUUGGAACACGUGACUGUAGAGGACCUGGUGGUUGAGAUCACACCUAAGGGGAGAGCCCUGGUGCCUGACAGUGUGAAGAAGGAGCUACUGCAGAGAAUAAGGAUGUUCUUGGCUCAACACGCCACAUAGAGUAAAGAAAAACAUGCAUCCAUCUGUGUUUGAAGCAUUUUCCCAUCAGUUCUCUGUUCUCCGGGCUAUAAUAGUUUCCUGAUACACAAUAUUUUUGUGUUGUGGAUUUGCUUGAGGUUGUGUGAGGACAAUCCUUUUUUUAUUGUUGUCUUUGUUUUAUUGUCAUUUUAUUGUUCAGAUGACCCAAGUUUUUUCGUUUAUAGUUCUGUAAAUACACUUUGCAAUAAAAUGUUUUUAAUCCAUGCAUUUUUAUGUCUGCUGCAUGAAUUAAGGAUGUGGAUCUGAAGUGUCAUAUGCAUUCAUUCAAGUUGUAGCCUUCAAAUAUGGAUGCAUUAAUUUCCUAUAAAUCUCAACUGUUUGUUUUGUUGAGAGUUCUACAACCAAACAACUUAACAUCUCUAUGAUAAAACGCAAAGUUCCGCUUCAAACAAACAUGUUUGUUUAAUUAUUGACUGAAGACCAUGUAUUUUUACCAAUGUCUGGCUCUAUAG